UCUUAUCUAGCAUAUAUAACACACUGAAUACUGCAAUAAUAGUUGAAUGCUGUUUUCAAUGGUCAACCAUCUGUUUGGUGGAUGACCACUAACUACUUGUUUCUCAAUACUCUGCGAUUUGUUUAUGAAAAUAUAUUUGAUAUAUUGUAUGAACAUUUUCUGACAUUGAAAGUUGAAGCAAUGGAAAAUUAUCCCAAUUCGGACCAAUACAUAGCUGGAAGUCUAGUAGAUACUUCAUUAUGCAAAUGCACAGGAGUUUUUCCUCAAAAGUCAGUGCCAGAGGAUAAAAAUUCCUUCUGCUUUAUCGGUCGAGAUGAUGAACCGGAAUACAAAUGCUAUCCAUACAAACUUAGCAAGUUUCGUUACUUCCUUAUGGUAUUAGUUGAUAUAUGCACUGCUGGUUUCAUGUGGUUGAUGUUUUAUUGGAGACCGGAUUGGAAGUUGAAAUUCACCCAUUAUCCAAGUACAUUUGAAAAAAUUGACAGUGUUUAUUUGGAAAUUCUUGACGGAACCAAACGUGUAUUCGUUUCAGCGGUAGAGACUGAUGAUGUUUCAGUAAAAAAGUGCGCUGCAUAUUUAUUCUGCGGAAAUCAAGCUGAAAUAUCAAGAAAUCAAACUUGUGAAGGUUACCAAAAUUCUUAUGUUAAUGAGCGCGAAACGUCAGAUGACAGUUGUGGUGGUAUUGAACAGACCAAAGUUAAAUAUUUUUAUCAUCAUUUGAUGAGGUACAUGUGGGAAGACAGUCUUCAAACAUUUAUAAAAAUCGAAGGAUUUGAUGGUAAUGUUACUGUUGGAUAUGUUCACGAUUCAGCAGAGAAUGCAUUAUCAAAGGAGGAACAAUCAGAGUGUUCCAAACUUCAUGGCGAAAAUACUAUUCAUGUAGAAGUCCCCGCCUAUUUGAAGUUACUUAUAUCUGAAGUCUUAAAUCCAUUUUAUGUAUUUCAAAUGUUCGCUUGUAUAUUCUGGAUGGUUGAUGAAUACGUUGCUUAUGCUACUGCUAUCAUUGUUAUAUCUUUCAUAUCAGCUAUAAUUUCACUCAUCACGGUACGCAGAGAAAGACAAGCUCUCCAUGACAUGGUAGAACUACAGAAUAUGGCUAAAGUUACUGUGGUUCGAGAUAUUAAGGCUAAGGAAAUAACAGACGGACCUUCUAGCAGUAAUGGAUCAUCUGUGGCUAAGGAAUAUGUGACAGAGGAAAUAUGGAUAAAAGAUUUAGUACCUGGUGAUAUUAUAACGAUUCCUCCAUCAGGUUUACAGCUUUCUUUUGAUGCGGCUUUGAUUGCUGGAACUUGUAUUGUCAAUGAAAGUAUGUUGACUGGCGAAAGUAUUCCUGUCACAAAGACACCCCUGGGUUCUUCAGAAUCUGAGUUGAAUAAUGUUUUCAAUGUUGAGUCUCAAAAAUCACAUGUAUUAUUUUCUGGUACGGAAGUCAUUCAGACUAGAUAUUAUCAGGAUGAAGUGGUUCGUGCUGUUGUUGUGAGAACAGGAUAUGGAACAGCGAAAGGAAAACUGGUUCACAGCAUUCUCUUUCCCAAGCCUGUCAACUUGAAAUUACUGAGAGAUGCCUAUCGUUUUGUUGGUAUCAUGUGUGGCAUUGCAAUCAUUGGAUUUGCAUAUUCAACUUAUACUCAAAUUCAACAUGGUGAAAGUGUUCGAGAUAUUUUAUUCAAAUCAAUCGAUAUUAUCACGAUUACUGUUCCACCCGCCCUCCCACUUGCUAUGACAAUAGGAAUCAUAUAUGCCCAAUCACGACUUAAAAAGGUUCAUAUCAACACAAUCAGCCCUCAACGAAUAAAUAUUUGCGGGCAAGUUGAUGUUGUUGCUUUUGAUAAGACAGGUACGUUAACUGAAGAAGGGUUAGAUUUGACUGAUAUCGUUCCUGUGUAUUCUGACAAAUUUGCAUCUCCAACUAAACCAGAAAAUAUCAUAUCGAUGGAUAAAAAAUCCGAGCUGAUAAGGUGUAUGACAACAUGCCAUUCUCUUACAAUAAUAAACAAUGAAUUAUCUGGUGAUCCACUUGACAUACAAAUGUUCGAAGCAACUGGGUGGAAACUAGUUGAACCUAAAGUUGAAGAUGAAACCAAGUAUGAUCAACUUCAAACUACUUAUGUUCGUCCACCACGUGAUGUCAACGACAUAUCUUCGUCAAUAGAAUUAGUCGAGAAUAGCAUUACUUCAUUUUCCUCCCAAUCUGAGUUUGAAAUGGGUAUCAUUCGUCAGUUUCCGUUUUUAUCGUCAUUGCAAAGGGUCAGUGUUAUUGCCAAACCGCUGCAUUCCGGACCCAAGGAUAUGAUGGUAUAUGUAAAGGGUGCUCCAGAAACAAUAGCCAAGUUAUGUUUGUCACUUCCGUCUGAUUUUGCAAGUGUUCUCAAAAUUUACACUCAACAAGGUCAUAGAGUCAUUGCUAUGGCUUCCAAGUCCAUCAAUUUAUCAUGGGUGAAAGCUCAAAAAAUUGAAAGGAAUGUGAUCGAGAAAGACUUAAACUUUUUGGGAUAUUUGAUUUUUCAAAACAAGUUGAAGCCGUGUUCUACUGCAGUGAUUCGGGAUCUUGACAAUGCAAUGAUUAGGACGGUAAUGGUCACUGGAGAUAACCUUGAAACUGCAUUGUGUGUUGCUAAAGAUUGCAAUAUUUUGAAAUCUAAUUUGCCAAUACUUGUCCCGAAAUUCAGUAUGGAUUCAAUCAAUCCGAUUUUAACAUGGUUUUAUAUCGAUGAUUUUGGGAACAAAAAUAAUUCGUUAGAACGUAGAAAAUCUCCAUUGUCUUCUUCUGAGGAAAGCAAUGAUACAAAUCACAUUAUAAACAUGGGCGAUAGUAUCAGUGCCAACAUGUGCCAAAUAGCAGUUACUGGAUUUGAUUUUAGUCUCAUCCGGAACUAUUUUCCAGAAUUCAUUCCUGCUUUGGCAGUCCAAGGUGCAAUCUUUGCUCGCAUGUCACCUCAGCAAAAAACUGAGUUGAUGGAAGAUUUGGAAUCUGUCGAUUAUCAUUCUCUAAUGUGUGGUGAUGGUGCUAAUGAUUGUGGUGCUUUGAAACGGGCCCAUGUUGGAUUAUCUCUAUCGGAAUAUGAAGCGUCUGUUGCUGCACCAUUUACUGCUCGAUCCGAAACUGGUAUUGAAGCUGUGCCAACAUUAAUUCGUGAAGGUCGUGCAGCACUUGUAACAUCUUUCGGAAUGUUUAAAUUCAUGGCUCUCUAUUCCAUGAUUCAAUUCACUACUGUACUGUUGCUGUAUACAAAUAAUUCAAAUUUAUCAGAUUAUCAAUUUCUUUACAUUGAUCUUAUCAUUAUUGAUGUGGUCGCAAUUACCAUGUCAAGAAACCACGCAUACAAGAUAUUACACUGGAAAAAGCCACCUACUAGUCUCGUCUGUGCUGAGAUGUUGGUAUCUCUAUUCCUCCAAAUAUUUCUCCAAUUUGGGCUACAAUUACUCCCAUAUAUUCUCGUGCAAGACCAAUGCUGGUUUAGGACUCCUACAUAUCUUAAUCAUACAGAAUAUGUGAAGUAUGAAAAUGCGUCCAUUCAUCAAGAAAUUUCCACAACUACUGCUCCUAAUAUAUCUUGUCCCGCUCCUCAUCUUGUACUGCCUGAAGACAACUAUCAACGUACUUUUGAGACGACUUGUUUGUUUUAUGUUUCAUCAUUCAUGUAUUUAACAGUGUCAGUGGCAUUUUCCAGAGGACGGCCUUUUCGUACUGCAAUAUAUAAAAACAAGUGGUUCCUUAUCAGUCUUUUGGUGCUUUCUGCAUGUACGUUAUUCUUCAUGUUUGCAGAAAUACCUGAAAUGGAUGCAUUCUUGGAUUUAUGGCACAUUCCCGAAUUGGAUUUCCUUUUUAUUUUAUGCGGCAUAAUUGCUGGACAUUUUAUCAUUGCCCUAUUCAUUGAACUGUUCUUCAUUGAGAAUCCUACGCUGUGGAAUAACAUUAAAUUAAAAUGUUCUUGCUUCGAAAAAGCUAGCAAGAAAAAAUAUAAGAAUCUUGAAUCUAUUUUGAAUGGAAAAAUCACUCAGAAUAUUGAUGAUGUUGAAUCAAAAUUUUCCAUUCCCUCUUUACUUGUGGGACAACCUAUUUAUGCCAAGGCAAAAAUAAAUUACUAUGACUCUUGUGAUGGUCCUUUAUACAAAACUCAAUUAUGAUUGAUUUCCCAUGUACCUUUGUAUUCUAUUUACUAUGUUCAUUACUUUUAACUUUAUAAUAGCCAACCCUGUGUGAUUUCUUCAAUUUAAUAAUUUGACAUUUUUAUUACUUCCCAUAACUUCCAAGAUUUAGUGGUCCACUUACUCAUAAUAUACACCCUGGCACACAGUGUCAUUUAGAGAACUUGAAACUAGCUGUGAAUGUGAUAUCCAGAAUAUGGUACUGGUUAUGCUCGGCGAAAACACUUUCAUUUUACUGAAUUUAUCGUACUUACUUGUUCCAUUGGAAUUAACCUCCUUCCAAAAACAUUAAUAACAAUUUUGAUAGAAUGUUCGAGCGAAAUUCAAUAACUUGUCUUUGCUGUCUAAGGUUGGUUUGACUAACUCACUCAUCGGUAUUUAAAAAAAAUGAGAAAAUUCCUAUUAUUACGAUCUUAUUUAGGUACAAUAACAGAAUUACUAUUAUUAUUGUGAAUUGUGAUUUUUCAUUGAUGCCCAUUAUGACGCCGCAGCUACUGUGUACAAUAAUUACUCGUUAUUUUAAGACUGAUCGUUUUUUUCAUUUAGCGUUUUUAAAUUUCUUCAAUUUGCUGUAAUGAAAAUCCAGAUAUGUUGCAAAAAUAAAUUCCAAAAUUAUAAUUUCUUUGUAAGAAGUCGAAAAUUGAUUCUGAACUUCCAAUCAUUUUAUUCAAUUCGUAGGCUAUAUUACGCUUCUCGGACAAUAAUGAUGUUGCAACAUCUUAUUUUUUGUUCUAUAAUGUGGUCAUCUGUUAUCCCAUUGCUAUAUGUAGAAUUAAUUCAUUUUUCACUAUUGUAUACUCUACUAUUUUCUUUUAUCUCUUUGGUACUCUUCUACUAAUUUAAAAAAAUGCAUUGUGAAUGCUUCUUCUGAUGAAUUAUCAUCUGUCAAAGUCAUUUUAAUGGCCUACAUCUGAAUUGUCAAAAUAGAGCAAUCUAUUCGAACAAAGUUAUCUCUUCUCUUGUGUUGUGAUUUUUCUUCCUUCCAGCAUUUCAAUGCAUUUUAAUAGUAUUUUAUUGUUACUUGAUUGUAUCUUUUUAACAAUGUAAUUUCAAUUGCAUAGUUAAACCUGUAGCAACAUAUUUAUUCUUGUAACCAAGUAAAAAAAUUUAGUAAAAUAACAAAAACUCCUUGAUAUGAUAUGAAAUUUUUUACUGUUAUCUCACUUUAUUGCACAUACUUGGCUCUGCAAAAUUAGCUGCUAAUACCACAGCUACAGGAUUUAUUGAAACUGCAAUCUUUCUGGUAUGGCAUAUCCUACAUUAUUUAUUGCACACCGGGUGAGGUGAUAGGCAUGGGGUUUGAAAAAAGCCAGGUCGAACAGAAAACUUUUAAAAAAUAUUUGGUACUAGGGAUCUGAUAAUUGUUAAAAAAAAAAUUUCAAACACACAAAGUUUGAACUACCGUUAACUUGAAUUGCAAACCAUUGUACAGUUUGGAUUAUCAGUCAAAUUGAAGAAUUCAAGAGUAUCAAAUCUAUCGCCUACGGACAUCCAUAUCCAAUCUGCAGUGACAAAAUUCAUUUACCGGUUUUGUAACUUACAUUCUUAAAGUUUUUCUGAAUUCAUUCACUUUGAUCUGGCUUAGAGUGUUGUUUAUGCAAUUUUGUCUUCAAAUAGAUUUCAAUAAUUAUGAUUAAAUUAGAAUUACACAUCAUAUUUCCUGUUGUGAUUAUUUGCUUGCUUUUAUUAGGCUUAUUUUGAUGAGAUGUUUUUAUCAUUUUGAUCGUAGGAUUCAUGCUUUGUUAUCAUUAUUUUCACCUCAAAAACACUUUCAAACCAUGGUGAUGCCGAACAAUUUUUCGUUAUGAAUAUUGAUAAUUUUUUGAUUUCUUUUAUUAGAA